AUGGCUAAGGAAAAUCACACUCUGCCUGAAUUCCUCCUUCUGGGAUUCUCUGACCUGAGGGGCCUGCGGGGCCCCCUGUUCUGGAUGAUGCUCCUGGCCUACCUGGUCGCUUUUCUGGGUAACUCCGUGAUCAUCCUCCUCACCCAGGCCAGCCCUGCCCUACACUCACCCAUGUACUUCUUCCUGCGCCACCUCUCGGUGGUAGAGCUCAUCUACACCACCAACAUUGUGCCCAGGACCCUGGUUGACCUGGCCUCCCCAUACCCCCGGGCCAUCUCCUUCCAGGGCUGUGCAGCCCAGAUGUACAUCUUCAUUGUUCUAGGCAUUUCAGAGUGCUGCCUUCUCACGGCCAUGGCCUACGACCGUUACGCCGCCAUCUGCCAGCCCCUACAUUACUCCACCCUCAUGAACUGGCAGGUCUGCGUGGCCAUGGUGGGUACCUCCUGGUUCAUGGGCAUCAUCACAGCCACGACCCAUUCCUCCCUAAUCUUCACUCUGCCUUUCCCCAGCCACCCAAUUAUCCCACAUUUCCUCUGCGACAUCCUGCUGGUCCUGAGGCUGGCAAGUGCUGGGAAGCACAGGAGCGAGAUCUCUGUGAUGACAGCCACAGUGAUCCUCAUCAUGAUCCCCUUCUCUCUGAUUGUCACCUCUUAUGCCCGCAUCCUGGGUACCAUCCUGGCAAUGGCCUCCACCCACAGCCGCCACAAGGUCUUCUCUACCUGCUCCUCCCACCUGCUUGUGGUCUUCCUCUUCUUUGGAACGGCCAGCAUCACCUACAUCCAGCCCCGGGCAGGCUCCUCUGUCACCAUGGACCGCAUCCUCAGCCUUUUCUACACAGUCAUCACACCCAUGCUCAACCCCAUCAUCUACACCCUUCGGAACAAGGAGGUAACAGGGGCCCUGCGGCACAUGAUGAAGAGGCAGAUCUCCUCACCAUGA